AGCUGCGCUAGCGCACUCUUACUCGACUCGGUGUGUAUAUUUGCGCGAGUGUAAACACGCGCGAACAAAAGUUACAAAAUAUUUUAUUAGCACUUGUAUAAAUUAUUUCUUUAAUAUGUACUAAAAGAAAGCUACAAGUAACAGAUGUCAAUUUGCGAAAGUUGUAAUUCACUAGAAUGUUUUGCCGGGCUAAUUUAUUUAUUAUUGGACUUGUUUUCCGAGUCGCUCCCGUAUCUCCGAUAGCUGAAAUUGACACCGAUGAUGAAGUAUUGCACCUGAUCGGCGAGCCAGACUUUCGGGAUGUUCGACUCCGUUGGGAAUACGGCAAAGGAGACGAAGAGCGACCUAAAUUAUUAGCAUUCCAAGUACAUUAUUGCGAACUACAAGCAUGGGGACAAUACCGAUGCCGAACAAAGGUAAUCGACAAUUUGGAGGAAGAGAAAUUGGCGAAGGUAGCAGACCUCUCGACGACAACAGUUCAGCCACUAAGAACCACUACCACAACACCCACGACUGAGGCUGCGAGUGGACGUCAUGGACGGGUGUACAGCACCCUGAUCACGGGUCUACGGAUGGCGACCACGUAUUCAUUUGAAGUGCGCCCCGUCAGGCGUGACGCGCGUGACCUUGCCGACCCACACUCUAUUGGUUCCAAAAUAAUUAUAGUACCCACAAAAGGAUUUUCAGCCCGGGCAACACAAUGCUUACCGCAUGCGAGCGAAGUCGAAGUAUCAACUGGGCCAUACUUCGGAGGGCGCAUCGCAGUGGAGGCUGUUGAUGGAGGUCCAGAGAGAUGCUCUCUUCAAGGCAACCCUAAUAGUGCUCAGGAUGCAUAUAUUCUGCGCAUUCAUCAUGAUGAAUGUGGUUCUGAGGUCAAUGAAACGACAGUAGCAACAUAUGUGAUUGUGCAAGAGAAUUUACCAAUUCUCACUCACAGUACUAGACGAUUUUUGGUACUUUGUACAUACAAACCGGAGACCCUGACGGUUAGAGCAGGAAUAAACUUGCCAAAAGCUAAUCCUGGAGACGUGCUUCAUCAUAUUAAACCUCAUUCUGGUUACGCGGAACCCUACGACAAUCAGGACUUGGAUUAUAAUGAAUUACAACCGGCCAGGCUGGAGGCACGCAAGGAGGAAGUACAACAAAGUGUAUUUGGCGAAAUCUCUCUCGUAAUGUUCUUAGUUGUGGCUGCCUUUGGAGGUAUCGCUUUGCUCAUAUGGAAAAUGGUCCCUCAAAUUGACAAAGAUAACAUUUCGAUUGCCACUGUGUCCUCUCUGUCUAGAAGUAGUAUUUUUGGCAGAAGAAACCGAGACAGGUUUUCCGAUCGAAGUUCUGUAUAUUCUAUUACUUUGUCUGAAAAAGAUGACAGCCUCGCGAAAAAACCAAAUGAUGGAGAUAACACUUCUGAAGCAUGAAUAAAGUUAUUUGACUGCUAUUGUUAAAAUAAGAUUGUUUCCGCGUGUUUGCACAUAAUAUUGUAUUAUCUAUGAUUAUAAACAUAACGAGGGAACGAGGGACUCGAUAGCGUGGUGGCGUGGUUGCUGCAGUAGUCGACGACGCUAGUGUCAAUACGGCUUGAAACAGCAACUUAAAUGGUACUUACUAAAAUGAAAAUCUGUUAAUUUCAAUUGUUUUUUAUUGGAAAAUAAGUUUGCCACACGCAAUUCAUCUUUUCAACUAGAUAUCUAUAUGUAGCUGCUUUUCAAUACUUGAAUUUGAGCAGUUCUUAAUAGGUAGAUAAAAGAAAUAGCCUAUUAAUAUAUAUUGUGUACAUAAGUAGCUUCUGAUUAUAUGUAGGAGUAAUUAUUGGUUUACUACCCUGAAUUACACCCAAGAAAUCGUGAGUACAAAUCUGGCCAACACAAUUAAAAAACUGUGUGUGACAAAUUUAUAUUUCUGACUGACUGCACUGGUCGGUGAAGGAAAUACCGAUAGGUAUAACGCCAAAAAUUGUUCCAAGUGAGGUCAGUACGCUCCGCUUUCACGAAAAUAUAUCGAAUCUGAAGUGUAAAGUUUUGAGUUCAUUACAACAUUAUAAUAGUUGACAAUGUUGACUUCCAUCACGAAUAACAGUUGUGAUGGUAUGUUUGUUUGUUUGUUGGUUUAUGAUAUAUUUUAUGCGUUAUGGCCAGUAUUUUAUUAUGCACCAUGAACACAUGUUUCUUUGCUAGUAGGUAAACUAGGAUUGCAGAUGUAAUUUGUUGAGUGUAAAAAGAAAUAAAUUUUAUUGUAUGUAAUUUAAACGGUGUAAUAAAAUUUAAUAUAAUAUUACCUACUUAAUGUUGAAGUAGUAAGUAGUAGGUAUUUAUAAAACUAGUAACUAAGCACGAGUGGCUAUUUUCAAUUAUUUUGCUGGCCGAAUAUUAUAGUGUCUGAAAUCAAUACAUUAAUAAUAUUUCCUAUGAUUCGACUGUGUGUAUGAUGUGAUGAUGCAAUAUAACUCAUAUCUUGGCCAAUUUUUAAUUUAAUAUAAUAAUUAUAAAUAAAUACGAGACGGUAUAUAAUUAGAUAUAAGGAUAUAAAGUGUGAUACUUAAAUAAAAAUAU